GAAAGAGCUGUAUUAACGUAUAAAAAAGAUGCACAAAUUAUGGAUUUGCGAUCAACCAGCGUUCCUAAAAAUCAUCAAGGAGAAGGAUUGGCACAGCGCUUAACAGAGCCAUAAAAAAUCCUGAUCUCGAAGAACUAAUUGUCGGGCCUCCACACGUCUUAGAAGGACCAUAUUCCGAAACCCCUAAUCCCGAUGCCGUUUACGAAAUCCCAGAGCCCGAAGAAUUCAUGAUUGCUCCUCCCAAAAACUAAAUCCGAAUUGUCUCAGGAGCUGAAAAUCAUACUAAAAACUAUAGAAAAUCUCCAGAAACCGGUUAAAAUGGAGGAACUAGAAUACGAAAGCCUGAUCGAGUGGUUUUGCCGACAGUGCUAUUACAAUGGAAUGUUAUCUCACGCCAAACAAGCGACUGAUGCAUUUCCAUCAAGCGAUCGGUUAAGAAUCCUCCUCGCUUUAUCGCUUCACCUGACUAAUCAAAAUCGAGAAGCCUUGAAGGAAGUAACCGGAAUAAUUCUCCAUGGAGAUCUAGGUCUUUCAGCUUUACUCGUUCAAAGUUUAAUUCACAAAUCGUCUGGAAGCGUGGACAGGACUGCAGCUGCCCAAAUCGAGGCGAAAAUCAGAGAAGAUAGAAGAAAAGCCUCUACAGCUGCAUUGUCUCUAUCAGCAAUGAUCCUCGUUUCAAUCCGGAAGCCAGAGAAGGCCAAGGAAUAUGCAGAUCGAGCUUUCAAAAUUGAUUCCUCAGACCCUAAUGUUCUAAUUUCCAAAGGCUGGACAGACUUGUACCUCAACAGUCGGAGCAACUUUGGAAGAUCGACGAAUUUUUUCGAAAUGGUUCUUAAAUCCAACAGCAAGCACUUGAACGCUCUUCUAGGUUCUGCCAAGUUUAAAGAAUUCCACGAGGAUCAUCCAGGUGCGAUUUCGAUUCUGAAUUCUCUUAUUGUUCGCUAUUCAAAGUUCAGUUUUCCCCUCGUCGAGAAAAUGCUGAACCAACUCGCGAUGAAGGAAUGGGAACAGGUUCUCGAGACUGCGAAUCGAAUCCAAAUGAUUGAUAACAACAGUCUUGAUGCGAUGAAGGCAAGAACUUUCGUGACGCUCUGCAGAGAUGGAGAUUACGCAGAAGGUGUGAAAUAUGUUCAGCAGUUGUUCAGAAAUUUGGUGAUCGUCGAAGCGAGGAAUGUCGAUCUUUUGAACGAGAACGUUCAACUUUUUUCGAGGAUCGCGGGCAGAGAUAAGGAGAUUCUGGCGGAACUUUUUAGAAUCGCGGAGAAGAUGGCGCAUCAGAACACACAGAGUGGAGACCUGAUGAUAGAGUUGGGAAACCUCUCUGUUUCCAUGGGCAAAAUUAAAGACGCCGAGCGCUGGUACCAAAACACUGUUCGAAUCGACGAAUCUUCUUUUGCGGCUUUGGCAGGAUUGGCACACUGUCAGUUGUUGGAUUCGUCGCCAAGUGGAAAGGACUUGGCUCGUCAACAGGUCGAUUUUCUGAUGGAAUUGCAGGCCCAGACACCCAGUCCUGAAAUUCUCUACAUGUCCGCACUAUUAUCAAGUUCAGAUGCGAAUAAAGCCUUGCAGAAUUUGGACGCGGCUGCUACAAUUUUAGGAAAGAAUUGCGAUGGAUUUCCUUUUGGAUACGAAUAUCUCAAGAGAUUGAAUCCGGAUCUUUCUUUGGAGAUUGUUAAUGAACAUUUGCUUCAUUCACCUUCUGAUGCUCUAACUAAUUUGGAAGAUAGUUACGAAUUGAAGAGUAAAUCGGAACUGAAUAGUCAGGGAUUGGAUAAAAAACCGUGUUUGGCACUUUUGGAAAAAGUCACUGAAGCCUGUCCAGGAUUUGGAAAGGCUUUGCUAAUGUUGGGGAAGAUUCGAAUGCAGAAUGGAGAUUUCGAAGGAGCUUUGAUGACUUUAAAGAAACUCUUGGAUCUUGUAGAUCCAACCAAUGCGACAGCACAUUUGUUGAUGGCUCAAAUUCUCGUUCAUAGAGGUCAAUUUCAAUUGGCAUCACAGACUUUGGAAGUGGGAUUGAGUUACAAUUUUAAGGUCAGGGAUAAUCCGAUUUAUCACAUGAUUCUGGGAAUGGUUGCGAAGGAAAAUGGAGAUCUAGAAGCCUGCAUUCAGCAUUUCCGAACGGCGAUGACCUUUGCUGGAAUGAAGCCUGGAGAUAAGAGUACUGUCCAGACUCAGAUUUCAAUUUCGGAUAAGGCUACGUUAUAUACUGAAUUGAUAUUUGCUUAUAUCAAGAUGAGGAAUUUUCGGGAGGCUUUGCUACUGAUUGAAGAGGCUGGGGCUAAAUUAAAAGACACUGCUGAGGAGGGAAGACUGAUUAUUGGAAAUGCAGAGUUGUCUUUAGAAAUGGGAGAUGUUGAUAAGGCUAUCAAUUUCUUGUCGAAAGUUUCGCCUGGUGAGCCUUAUUAUUUACAAGCUCAUACGAAAUUGGCCGAGAUUUAUUUGAAGCAUAGGAAGGAUCGAGAUUCAUUUGCAAGAUGUUUUAGAGACUUGGUGGAAAAUUGUCCAGGUUCAAAAACUUACAGCAUGCUUGGCGAUGCUUACAUUGCAAUUCAAGAACCAGAAAGAGCGAUUGAAGCUUACGAGCAUUCAUUAAGAAGCAAUGCAGGUGAUAAAAAUUUGGCUCGGAAAAUGGGAAAAGCUUUGGUGAAGACUCAUCAAUACGAAAAGGCGAUUGAAUAUUACGAGCAUAUUAUUAAACAGAAGGAAUUUGGAGAUUUGAAACUCGACAUGGCAGAGUUGUUCAUGAAGCUUAAGAUGUAUGAGAAAGCGGAAACGAGACUCUUGCAAGAAUUAAGAAUUGGUCCUGCAGGUUCUGAUCUACAAGACUUGGAAAUCCGGGGCAAACAAUUGCUUUUGCUUGCUAAAGUUAGAGAAAGAAGUGGGAAUAUAAAAGGCGCACUUUUCACUUUGAAAGACGCAAAAGAUAAUCAAAACAGAUAUAUCCAACGAGCAGCAACUUCAACCGACACAACAUCUCGCAAACAGUCAUUGACGCAAAUUUGUUUAUACAUGGCUGAGCAUGCAACUACUUUGAGAGAAUUCGAUCAGGCGAUUGAUUUCUACAAAGAAGCUUUGAGUUACAAACCUAAUGAUAUCACAGCUCUUCUGUCUCUAGCGAAACUUUACAUGCAGGUUAAUGACUUGGACAGAUGCGAACAAACUUGCAUGAGUCUUUUGAAAGCUGAUUCCAACAACGAAGCAGCUUCAGUCAUGAUGGCUGAUUUGGCUUUCAGGAAAGUAGAUUUUGAAACUGCAGCAGUUUAUUUUCGUCAGCUUUUACUUCAGAGACCAACUUAUUGGACAGCUUUGGCGAGAUUGAUUGAAGUUUCAAGACGGACAGGAAAAGUGGAUGAUCUUGAAGAGUGGCUUUCGCGAGCAGAAAAGGCAAUGGAUUCCUUGAAACAAGAGGCUGGAUUUUAUUAUUGUUCCGGAUUAUUAAACUGGCGAACCGGGAAAUUAAACUCUGCUCUUCGGAACUUCAACGCAGCCCGACGUGAUCCAGAAUGGGGACAGCAGGCAAUUUACAACAUGAUCGAAAUCUGUUUGGAUCCUGACGACGACUCUCCUCUUUCCAACGAAGCCUUCAACGACGAAGACGAAGAAUAUCAGGAUUCAAGAACCAUGGCCCUAAAAACCGCGCAGCGUCUAUUGAAAGAGCUUUUCCCAACCGGAAGUCCCCAUGAAUCCUUGACUCAUCGGCUCCUAGGAGAUUUUUUCCUUCUCGCUACCAAGCAAAAAUACAAUAUCGAAAAAGCAAUGCACGACUGCACAGCGAUGGCUAGUGAAGAAUCCCUCAGAGACCAUGUUGGUCCAGCUUUAGGCUUGGCAAUGGCUCACAUUCUCUUGAAACAAACUCCUCGAGCCAGAAAUCAUUUGAAGCGUGUCAGCAAAAAUGUGUGGACUUUCGAGGAUGCAGAAUAUUUAGAACGGUGCUGGUUAUUGCUGGCUGACAUAUACGCUCAGUCAAACAAGUUCGACUUGGCCAAGGAAUUGUUGAGACGAACCCUCCAGCAUAAUGCCACUUGUGUUCGAGCACACGAGUUGUCUGGAUUUAUUGCCGAGAAGGAGCAAAAUUAUAGAGAAGCUGCGGCACGGUAUGGACAAGCCUGGAAAUUCGGCGGGAAGUCGAAACUCUCGAUGGGAUUUAAAUUGGCGUAUUGUUGCUUGAAGGGAAAAGCUUAUGCGGAUGCUAUUGACGCGUGCAAUGAGGUUCUCAAACAGAGUCCUGAUUAUCCGAGGAUUAGAAAGGAUAUUUUGGAGAAGGCGAUUAAUAAUUUGAGGACAUAGAGAUUGAUGAUUUUAAAAAAGCGGAAGUGACGCGCUUUAAAUUUGUGAAAGUCCGUCCUUUUUGUCCGUCCAUGUAGUUUGACUACAAAUUAUUUUAAAUAAAGUAUAAGAAAUCCAAGUUUCGCACAAUGUUUCUAAAGCCUUCAAAGAUGCGGAUGUUGUAUUUUCAAUUGGCAGGGCCAGCGUUAUAAUUGAAGUGAAAAAGAAAUCUUAUUCAACGAUCC